AUGUCUUCAAACAAACUUCUGGGCAUUGUUAUAGUUUUAGUAAUAAACCACUUAAUAAAAUCUACAAAAUGUUUGGAUCCUUAUCAUGGAGUAUUGGAAACAGAGUUAAAUUCUCAAGGACGCAGUGUUACUAAGGAACGACAAACUCCUUCAAAAGAAAUGAAUACAGAGUAUUGGUUUGAUCAAGGACAAAAUAGUUUAAAGAAUCGGGUGAAUGUAAAACAGAACAAUGGAAAAGCUAAAAAUGUAAUAUUCUUUUUGGGGGAUGGCAUGUCAAUUGCAACACUAACAGCGGCGCGCAUACUUAAAGGACAGCGACAGGGUCUAAGUGGAGAAGAGUCAGUUUUAACAAUGGAGGAAUUUCCUUAUACUGGAUUGAGCAAGACUUAUUGUACUAAUGCUCAGACGGCCGAUUCCGCUUGUAGCGCCACAGCUUAUUUGACGGGAGUCAAGACCAAUUUACGUUUAAUAGGUGUGAAUGCUAAAGUAGACUAUUUAAAUUGUAGUGCUUCUAUAGAUCCUAAAAAUCAUGUGGAAUCUAUAGCAUUGUGGGCUCAACAGGCGGGCAAAUCCACUGGCAUAGUUACUACCACGACUAUAACUCAUGCCAGUCCUUCUGGCAAUUAUGCUCAUGUAGCUAGCAGACAUUUUGAAAGUGAUUAUGAUAUAAUUAAAAGUGGUAUACCUUAUACAGAGGAUUGUUUGGAUAUUGCCACACAGUUGAUAGAAAAUGAGCCGGGUAAAAAUUUCAAUGUUAUGAUGGGCGGAGGUUUAACUAAAUUUAUACCUGCGACACAAAAUGAUACAUUCGGGUCGGUGGGAGAACGACAAGACGGCAAAGAUUUAAUACAACAGUGGAAAGUAGCAAAUCCUCAGGGUGUUUUUGUGUCCAACUUGGAGGACCUAAAUAAUUUGGAUUAUAAUAAAACCGAAAAGAUUUUAGGACUUUUUCAUUCCGCUCAUUUAGAUUAUAAUUCUCGUAAGAAAGUACUGAAUCCCUCUCAGCCAAGAUUAAAAGAUAUGACAGCCAGCACCAUAAAAAUGUUGCAGAAAAAUCCUGAAGGCUUUUAUGUGUUCAUAGAAGGUGGUCGCAUUGAUCAUGGUCAUCAUCAAACUAGAGCUGGUUAUGCUUUAGAUGAAACUCUAGAGUUUGAUGAGGCAAUUAAAACUGCUGUGGAAAUGACCAAUGAAGAGGAUACUUUAAUUGUGGUAACAGCCGAUCAUUCACAUACCAUGUCUAUGGCUGGCUAUCCGGGGCGUGGUAACCCAAUUUUAGGUUUAAAUGAAUAUGAUUUAGAUUUGGAUGGUGUACCCUAUAGUGUGUUAAAUUAUGCUGUGGGCCCUAAACAGUAUAUUGAAGUUAAGGAUAAUACCUGGAAACGUAAAGAUUUAAGGGCAGAGCAUCAUGAUUUUAUAGUUAAACCCAGUUACAUUAAAAAAGCAUCUGGUCAUCAUGCUGGCGAAGAUGUGGCCAUAUUUGCACGAGGACCACAAUCGCAUUUAUUUACCGGCACUAUGGAACAAAACGUUAUACCUCAUUUAAUGGCCUAUGCUGCUUGCAUAGGCAAGGGUGCAAAGUUGUGUGAGGAGUAGCUGUUAAGACUUGGAUUUUUUGUGUGAAGAUAUUAACAUUAUGAACAACUUUUUGUAGAUUAAAUAAAACUUUUAAAAUAAAUAUAAAACA